AUAAUAGAAAAAGUUAAAAAUAUAUACUAUGUUAACUUGGGAUCAGUUGCUGCGCGGGGAAUGGUGGGUCUAUAUGAUAAUAGUUAUUGUCAUUUACCUUUCUAUAUUGCUACUGAACUAUGCUUUUAUGAAAUACAACGACGCAAAACUCGAAGAAAGGAUAAGAAGAUUGGCAGAAAAAGAUGCAGAUACCAUACAAGCUACAUAUGAAGCGAGAUUAGAAGAAGCUGUUAGAGUUCGACACGAAAUACAGCUAGGUCGACCGUUUAUUGUUGUAGAUGAAAUGGACAAACCUCUGAUACUACGUACGUUGUAUCCUGAUAUGAGAGAUUUUAACCAUUCAACCCGUUCUAAUAAUCAUCCUCUGACUCCGUUGAACAAAAAAUUACAUGUCUCAAUUACACCGGCAAAGAUUGAUAACGAUGCUCAUAGGCAAUGUAAAGGAGUAAUCACCCCUAUUCAAACCUUCAAAGACAUGCAGAUUGAAGUGGAAGUAAAACAAUGCUUGUCAGAUCUUUUAAAAAAAAUUAAGGAUUGAGAACGUGUUUCGUGUUGAUUACAUUGUAAAAUGUCUACAGUAAACUUUUGUACCUUGAAAUAAUAGAUGAAAAGUGAA